AUGGUGAAAAGUGUCACUAAGAGGAGCAAGACGGCAGCCACGAACUCUCUUGCGACACCAAGUCCCCAUGGUACCGCCGCCACCGCUACCCUGCUUGGACCAGUGUUGGAGCAUGUGUCGCCACAUCCACCUUUGCCGCCGCAACCUUCAAGUGUUGAACCUAUUCACGCCACUAGAGAAACCCUAGGUCAUCAUCAACUCGACUCCACACAAUUCUUUUCUGCUUAUCAGAGCAGCCAAGCAGAUCUCAAUAACAAGGUCGACAAGUUCACCAAGAGGUUCGAGGACAAAAAUAACCAGGUCAAUCAACUACUCGGGAAGAUUGACUUGAUCUGCAACUGCAGAUUUAGACCAGUCGGUGAGGAAGAAAGGCUAGCGAGCGUACAUGCAAGCGAUUCGAGAGGUCCUAUAAAGAUCUGGCAGAAACCAGUAGGAGAGGCACAAGGCAGGAACGUGUAG